UGUGCGUGCGCUGGCCUGGGGACUUGCGUAUUUUCUUUACGUUUGCUGUAGGCCUAGACUCUGCUUGAGCGCGCUGCAGAGCAGAGCGGGCUGGUAGGGCAUCAGGAGCCCGCAUCUACAAAGCCAUGGGGAAGAGAGUGGUGAGACCGCCUCCUCCCGUGUUCUUGCGUGGACCUGGCGCUGUUUGCUGCACGCUCGCCCGAGGCGUCCUGACCGCUGAGCACAGGUCUAGGUGGCUAAUGACACACCAGGAUUCUACAAUGUCGCCCAGGCUGGUAUUGAACUUGUAAUCCUCCUGCCUUAGCCUCCCUGGUAGCUGGGAAUAAAGGAGAGUGAACGCACCCUAUGGAAAAAUCUAAAAAAUAAGUUCACAUGGAAAAACAAAGUCACUGAGUGAGACGUAACUUCCUUGGGUUGACCAUGCCAAGAAAGCCUGACCUGAACCUCCGACUUCCUGAUCAAAGACUCUUCCACUCUGUGUGUCUUUUCUCUUUAGCGCUCCACCCUCAGCCCAUUUCCUCCAAUACCACUACCACUUAAUAACCACAGCAGAAAGAAAAAUGCUAACCCAGCAACAAUAACAGAAAAACCAGUGAGUGGCAUAAAACGGUGUAGACAAAGAUACGAUGCAUCUGUGCAAGGAUCCAAACAACAAACGGAAAGAAGAAAACGAGAAUAAAGUCAUGACUAGGUCGCCAACAGGACCGUGUUUACCUAAACAUGGCUUAAGUGCUCUACCGGAACCACGAAACAGGGUCCUGGGCAGCACGGAGCACUGACGGUGACACCGCCACGCCGGCAGUAAAGCCUAUUUUGGUCCCCGCCCCGUUCCUCUUGUUCCUUCUAACUUCCGCCUCCACCAAUUCAGGAACGGAACCCUUUAAAAUUUCUCCCAGCUGAAGCGUAGGACCAGUUUCAUCAACACAAUCCGGGAUGGUCAAUAUGGCGGCGGCCAUAAGAUGUCUUUGUAGAGUCUUGACACAUCAUCAAAAGCAUAGUUUUUCCAAGAUGGUUUAUCAGACAUCUCUUUAUCCUUGUUCUGUAAACAUUCAGAUGACCAAUAGACAUUUUGCUGCUGCUGCAAAGCCUGCAAAAAAAACAAGAAAAGGUGUCAAAGAAAAGGCAUCAGAUGAAAAAAAAGAUGAGAUAGAAAAAAUAAAGUCAUAUCCCUACAUGGAAGGUGAACCUGAGGAUGAUGUCUAUUUAAAACGCUUAUACCCAAGGCAGAUAUAUGAAGUAGACAAAGCUAUUCAUUUACUUAAGAAAUUUCAAGUUCUGGACUUUACUAGUCCAAAGCAAGGUGUUUAUCUUGAUUUGACAUUGGAUAUGUCACUGGGACAGAAGAAAAAAGUGGAACCAUUUGCCAGUGUUCUUAGUCUUCCAUACCCAUUCACUUCGGAAAUUAAAAAAGUUGCAGUGUUUACAGGGAAUGCAUCAGAAAUUGAAAUAGCGGAAGAAAAUGGAGCUGCAUUUGCAGGAGGAACUAAUCUGAUUCAGAAGAUUUUGGAUGAUGAAGUUCAUGCAGACUUUUAUGUAGCUGUUCCAGAAAUAAUGCCUGAGCUCAAUCCAUUAAGGAAGAAACUGAAAAAAAGAUUUCCAAGGCUUAUUCGAAAUUCCAUCAGCCGUGACAUCCCCAAAAUGCUUGAAUUAUUUAAAACUGGACAUGAAAUUAACGUUGAUGAAGAAAGGGAGAACUUUCUCGAGACCAAAAUAGCCACAUUGGAUAUGUCAGGUGAUCAGAUAGCUGCCAAUCUGCAAGCAGUUAUUAAUGAAGUUUGUAGGCAUAGACCUCUGAGUUUGGGUCCCUUUGUGGUACGUGCUUUUCUUCGUAGUUCAACAAGUGAAGGUUUAUUACUAAAGAUCGAGCCAUUGUUACCUAAAGAAGUAGAAACCGAAGAAAGUGAAAAAGAAGCUGCCUAAAGUGUUGAAUUGUGAAAUUAUUUUAAGUGGAUUAAGAAGCAACAGAGACAAUUAUAAAGCCAUAUAAUUUCUACA